AUGCCUAAGAAGUUAGAGGCGGCUCAGCCGGAAAUGUCCCAAGUUUACCAGAACGAGUUUAUGUUCGGUGAGGGUGGUGGCAAGGGGGCCACCAUCAAUUCCUUUUUAAAAUCCUUGUCAAAGUCAACGGCUGGUCGUUCAACAUCGUCUUUGUCGUCGCAAGGUACCGCGAAAUCGGUAAUGGCUGAUGAUCCGAAGAUCAUUGGUGCCUCAUUUUCACAUUUGAAUAUUUCCUCAUCACAACCAAAACCAAAGAAAUCGCAUUCGACAACAAACCUUCAUAGUUUGCAUAUUUCGCAGAGUACUAAUUCUUCGGAUAAGAAGAAGAAGGAUAAGAAAUCGAAAAGUCAUCCUUUUCAAAGCAAUAUUUAUAUGGAUUCUGAUGAUGAUUGGGAUGCUACCGUCGAUAAUGACAGUGAUGUAAAUUUAAGUAACCAUAACUCCUUUGAUUUGAGCCACUCAGAACUAGGAUUGAAAAUUGCAGGAUCACAGCGAAAUUCGUUGAUUAACAAACCAGGCACUGGUCACGUCAACGACUCUACCAAUGCCGCGGGCUCUACAGACGUUGAUAAUCCUUUGUUAAAGAGAGAUUAUCAAAAGAUUAUUGAAGACCCUACAUAUAUAAUGAUGGUGGUUAGUGGGCCAAAUUUAAUGAAAUACGAUGAAAACAUGAUCGACACUAGCGGGGCCAAAGAAGAAUUAAAUGCGUUUAUUUCGAGAUACAAUAGAUUCAAAAGGAUUCUACUCCAUGAACCAACAAUAAACCUAGAUGAACUUAAAAAGUUGUCGUGGAAUGGUAUACCAAAUGAAUUAAAGGCGAUUGUCUGGCAAUUACUUCUGGGAUAUUUGUCCACUAAUGCCGAUAGGAGAAGUGCCAAUUUGAAGAGAAAACGGAAAGAAUAUCUUGAUCAGAUUGCCAACGUUAUGAAGAAUGAAAAGGAUAGUGUAACCUGGCACCAAAUCACCAUCGAUAUUCCAAGAACUAACCCCCAUAUAAAACUCUACAGUUUCCCCACAAUUCAAAGAUCCCUUGAAAGAAUUUUGUAUCUUUGGGCAGUCAGACAUCCUGCCAGCGGAUAUGUUCAAGGGAUCAACGAUAUUUGCACCCCUUUCUUUCAAGUUUUCUUGUCUUGUUAUUUGAAAAUCGACAGGCAGAACUGCGUCGAUAUCAGUGAAAUUGACCCCUCAAAUAUUCCUGAAGAAGUGUUGAACGUUGUUGAAGCAGAUACCUACUGGUGUCUCACAAAGUUACUAGAUUCAAUCCAGGAUAACUAUAUACACGCUCAACCGGGCAUCAUCCGCCAAGUUAAUGAACUUAAGGAUUUGACAAAUAGGAUUGACUCCGACCUUGUCAAGCAUUUAGAAAAUGAAGGAAUUGAGUUCUUGCAAUUUUCAUUCCGGUGGAUGAACUGCUUGUUGAUGCGAGAGUUGAAUAUGAAUCACAUAAUUAGAAUGUGGGAUACUUAUUUAACCGAAGGCUCAAAUGGGUUCAGUGAAUUUCAUAUUUAUGUGUGUGCUGCCUUUUUGGUGAAGUGGUCGGAUACAAUAAAGCAAAUGGAUUUCCAAGAAAUAAUGAUCUUCCUUCAAAGCCUCCCCACAAAGAACUGGAGUGAUAAAGAUAUUGAAUUAUUAUUAAGUGAAGCAUAUAUGUGGCAGACUCUCUAUAAAAAUGCUAGUGCUCAUUUAAGAUAA